GGCGGCCGAGGCGGCCGCCGCACAGGCGGCCGCCGCACCGCGGCCGGCGGACGGCGGCGCGGCGGCGGAGGCGCCCCCAGCAGCGGUGCCGAGCAUGGCGCCCCUGGCGCUGCGAAGGGUGAGCGUGCAGCGCACGGAGCGGAUAGAGCAGCAGCGUGCCAGGCUGCCAGCGAUCAUGGUCGAGCAGGAGGUGGUCGAGACCGUGCUCGGCAGCGACGUGGUGCUCAUCUGCGGCGACACCGGCUGUGGCAAGUCCACGCAGAUCCCGCAGUUUCUCUACGAGGCUGGCUUCUGUGGUGAGGGCGGCCAGUACCUCAUCGGCGUGACGCAGCCACGCCGUGUAGCCGCCGUCUCUGUCUCGAAGCGCGUCGGCGAGGAACUCGACAGCCUCAGCACCGUCGGGUACCAAAUUCGGUACGACAAGACUCACUGCAGCAAGGACAUGAGAAUCAAGUUCAUGACCGAUGGGAUUCUGCUUCGUGAGGUGCAGGCGGAUUUCCUCUGCCGGAAGUAUGGCGCCAUCGUCAUAGACGAGGCCCACGAGCGCGGUGUCAAUUGCGACAUGUUGAUCGGACUCUUGUCGCGCGCGGUGCAGCAGCGCCGGCGAGCUUAUGAUCAGGCGAUGGCCAGUGGCAAGAUUGCUGGCAUGCCACCGCCUCUGAAGCUCAUAAUCAUGUCUGCCACCUUGCGGCUGUGCGACUUCACAGAGAACACCAAGCUGUUCCCCCAGGUGCCACCCGUUCAGAGCAUCGACGCCAGGACCUUCCCAGUGACGGUGCACUUUGCGCGCCACACCGAGGAGGACUACGUGAAGGCGGCGCACAAGUCGGUGCUCGAGAUCCACAAGCAGCUGCCCCCUGGCACGAUUCUGGUUUUCGUCACGGGCCGCCACGAGGUCCACCGCCUCUGCGCGAUGCUCCGGCGCAGCAGCGCGCAGCUCUUCGGCGGCCCCGCCCCGAACGACGGCGAAGAGGAGCAGCCCCAGGGCGCCGGGGCGGGGGCGCGGCUUGACCUGCUGGAGGCCUCCGACGACGAGGGCGCAGAGGUGGAGGGCGGCGAAGACUCGGAGCAGGAGAAGCCCGUGAGCGGCAAGAAGCGUUGCCGCGCCGCGGCGCCGGCGGAAGGGCUGCCAUCGGGCGAGCCGGCUGCCGCGGCAGGGGGAAAGAGGAAGAAGGGGGCGAGGAGGAGGCCCGCAGAGGGCGGCGGCGCGCCCUCCCGGCCGGAGGAGGCGGCGGCGGCGCCAGCUGGACCGGGCGGGCAGGAGGAGGCCGCGCUGGGCGGGCAGAAGAGAGGCCGAGCGGGGCCAGCGGGUCCGCGCGGCAAGCGGAGGAAGAAGGCGAGGGCGGAGGUGCCCGCCGAGGCCGCCGCCGAGGGGCUCGAGGCCGCGGCGCCAGUGCCAGCGGAGCCCGAGGAGGAGCUGAAGAAGGGCUUCUCCUUCUCCAUCGAUGCCGAGGAGGACGUGGUGCUGCUUGAUGCAGACAGGAAAGAGUCGCUGGAGGAGGACAGGAAGGACUUCAAGGCCAAGGGUGCGAAGGCGGAGAACAUGGGCAAGCUGGACCGCUCCCGCACCGCUGGCGGCGUCUUCGGCGGCUCCGGCUUCGGAGAGGGCCCUCUGCGGGUGUUGCCGCUGUACGCGCAGCUGCCAGCCAAAGCGCAGUUGGCGCCUUUCGAGCCCGUGGGCGAGGGCAUGCGCAUGGUGGUCGUGGCAACAAAUGUGGCAGAGACAUCCGUGACAUUGCCCAACGUGAGAUACGUGGUGGACACGGGGCGCGAAAAGCGACGGAAGUACCGGGCAUCCUCAGGCGUCUCGGCCUUCACUGUGGAGCACAUAUCCAAGGCCUCGGCCGACCAGCGAGCUGGUCGCGCGGGGCGCCUCGGCCCCGGGCACACCUACCGGUUGUACUCCGCGGCCGCGUACGAGAACCAUUUCACCCCCUUCGCGCCCAUCGCGAUGCUGCACACCCCGAUGGACCCCGUACUGCUGCUCCUCGCGUUCCUGGGCGUUCCCAGGCUGGACGUCUUCCCCUGGCCCACGCCGCCCUCCCCUGAGGCGGUGGCGGCCGCCGUCCACCGCCUCCGCGCCAUCGGGGCGAUCGAGGACGGCGACGCUGGCGGCGCCAGCCGCGCGAGCGCGGCCGCGGCGCCAGUGCGCUGCACUCAGCUAGGGCUCCGCCUGGCCGCCCUGCCCGUGGCCCCGAGGUACGCCAAGAUGCUGCUCGCGGCCGUGGCGGCGAGCCGAGAGGCGGAGGCGCCGAUCAUCGGCCACGCGUGCGCCGUCGUUGCCGCGAUGUCGGUGGGCAACCUGACCUCCUGGGAGUCCGUGGAGGACGGGGACGACCAGGCGCAGCCCGGUAGCGCAGAGCACGAGCUGGCGAGGCUGCAGCGAGACGCGCGGGCGCGCGUCGCGGAGGCGCAGAAGAAGGAGGCCCCCAGAUGGAGCAAGCUCAGGGACGACUCGGAGGGCCUGCUGUGGAUCAUGGGAGGCUACGCCUGGGCCGCGGCGGACGGGGGCGAGGAGGCCGCGGACAGGUUCUGCGCAGCGAACCGCCUCAACCCGAGGCAGAUGGCCGAGGCGCACAGCCUGAUGCAGCAGCUGGGCGCCCUCCUGCAGCAGCGCCUCUCCCUCGACGACGUGGGCCUCGGCCUGGAGCUGCCCCUUCGGCCGCGGCCGCCGAAGCCGGAGCAGGCACAGAAGCUGCGGGAGUGCAUCGUGGACGGCCUGGUCGACCGCGUGGCCGUCCUGUGCCCCGAGAUAUCGUACAAUGCCUACGUGUGUGCCGAUCUCGGCAGGGAGAGGCCCGUCUUCGUCCACUGCUCUUCCAACGUGUAUCGCCAGAGGCCCCGACCGACGGCGCUGGUCUUCAACGAGAUCGUGGCGACUUCCAGGCCGUGCAUGCACGGCUGCGUGGCGGUGGAUCCGAUGCACCUGGCCAGGGGCGCGGCGGCGGGGUCCUCGCCGCUGCUGAGGCUGGGCGAGUUCUUGCAGGUCCCAGCCCCGCGCUUCCUGCCGAAGCAGGACCAGGUGCUCGCGUUCGCGAGCCCGAAGUACGGGCCGCUCGACUUCGCCCUGCCGACGGUGGAGGUGAAGGUCGCGGCGGACGCGAUCUUCCGGUACAAGGUGUUCGCGAAGGCCCUCCUCGAGGGAGAGGUCAUCGCCGGCGUGCCCCCUGCUGGCGCGAGGUUGCUCGCGCGCCCCGCGCUGGUGCUGAGCGCGCCCACGAACCCGCGGGUGGCCGCCCUGGUCGGGCCGCUGUGGGAGCACAGGGUGGGCUCGCGGGCCGAGCUGCUCAGGCGCUGGGCGGAGGACAGCAGGUUCCUCCUGGAGGGCUGCCUGAAGUGGCUCCCGCCCGCACUCCACGAGGACGUGAGAAUAUCCUGGCCUCCGUCUGGGCGCCAGCCAGCGCGGUGAGCCCCGCUGCGAGAUCCUGGCCUCGUAAUCCUCCUCCUCCAUCCUCCUUCUCCUGCUCCUCCUUCUCCUCCGCCUGAGGCGCACUCGAUCAUGCGGGGAGCAGAGGCCAGAAA